AUAAUGUACUGUACAGUACAUAUAAUCAUCAUUUAGAAUAACUUUGCAUUUGAUUAUUUUAUCAUAUACUAAAAAUUUAUUUUCAAACUAGGAAUCUGGUUCCUCUUUUGGGUCGAUUUAGUGAGCUUCCUGGCCUUUUAUGUAAAGAAGGCAUUGAAAAAGAAAGCAUAGAUGGAAUAUUAUUUGAUGUGGGUUGUUCUUCAAUGCAGUUUAGCAAUCCCCAAAGAGGUUUUGCUUUAAGUGCAAAUGGACCAUUAGACAUGAGAAUGGAUGGAGAAAGAUUUCCAAAUCAACCUACAGCUUCAGAUGUAGUUAAUAAUUUAGAUUUUCCAAGCUUAGUUAAAAUAUUUAAAAUAUAUGGAGAAGAGAGAUAUGCCAAAAAAAUUGCUCAGGUGCUUAUCGAUGCUCGUUUUAUGAUGAAAAAAAUUAGGACAACACAGGAACUAGCAGAUAUUGUUUCUGUUGUUGUUACAGAGCCUAGACUAGAUAAGUUGGAAAGAAAAGCUCAUUCUGCUACUAAAGUAUUUCAGGCCCUGCGCAUUUUUGUUAAUAAUGAGCUUAAUGAACUUAAUUAUGGAAUGGAAAUGGCGUAUCAAUAUUUAAAACGUGGUGGCAGAGUUGUCACAUUGACAUUUCAUUCGCUAGAAGAUCGUAUCAUUAAACGUCACUUGAUGGAUAUCGAUAUUAAUGAACCCGUCAGUUCUUCAUUGAGUCAAAAAUAUAAAAAUGCAAGUUUGUGGCAUUCUGAAGAAAACAUGAAAGAUAUAAUGUCCAAAAGGUGGUGUCCCAUCAACAAAAAGGUGAUAACUCCUACCGAAGAAGAAAUAGAACUAAAUCCAAGGAGUCGUUCGGCAAAAUUACGAGCUGCAAUGAAAAUUUAAACAGAAAUUCUUAAAAAUUUUAUUUUUAUUUUGUGA